AUGAGGGUGCCCGAGCUUGCCAACCUCGAGCGGGUAGUCUGGACACUGCGCAUGCGCAGACGUUACCGGCCUGAUGCUUCUGAUGUGGACCGCACAGUUGCCGCUCGUCCCCGAGGGCAACAACGCUCAUCCCGUGUGAGCUGGCCCGAGAUAGGCGCAGGGGCGCAAGGGGAAGUCGGCGUACUGUGCUUCACUUUCCAAUGGGCGAAUCCUUGGAGGAACAGGCAGGAGAGCCUGCGCAGGUUGAAGGAAUUGUCUAGUCUGUUCUCAGGAGACUACAGCGCUCCGGCGCCACAAGGGCCGGCGCUCGCUGCCCCCCGCGCUCGAUCUGCGCCUUCCAUCUGCCAGCAUUUGGGCAGUAUGUUCAUAGCCAAUGCCAGUCACCUUGACCUGGUCCUCAAAGUCGAAGCAUGCCUAUCGCUCUGCCCGGCAGCAUGGAAGCGCCACAACGCCCAGGAAGCGCCAGUUCCUCGCUUCCAUUUCCACUUCCAUUUUGUCCUCCCGUUCUAUUUCUUCUUGUAUGAUCAUCGCUGCCGUGGGCGUCCACCGCUAUCAGCCUGUAGCGCCGCAGUGUCUCUUCCCCAUACAGCGUGCCUGAGAGCCGCGUCGAUGUGCUUGGUCCGAAGAGACGCGGAGCGCAGACGGAGUCCUUGGAAAAGCGCGGAAAUUAAGCGGGCUGAGAGCAUUGCAAUGGCCGUUGGGCGGCGGGCUAGUCCUCCUGCUGACCUAGCUGACACUCAAAAUCGUGUUCGGAUGUCAGCGUUCGGGGUGAUGCAAACGUACUACUCGCAAGGAUUCCUCGACAACAUGUCGCCGUCAGCCAUCAGUUGGAUCGGCAGUGUUCAGCUCUUCCUCGACCUUGCUCUGGCGGCACCUGGCGGAGACCUGCUAGACAAGGGAUACUUCAGACACACCGUAGUAGCCGGCUCUGUAAUCUUCGUGAUCUGCCCACAUCAAUACUAUCAAGUCUUUCUCGCACAAGGAUUAGGCAUGGGCAUAGGCAUUGGGCUUGUCUACCUUUCUACGUCCGUCAUUGUCACGCAGCACUUCAAGCAAAAUAAAUCCCUCGCCAUGGGGGUAGUGAUGUCUGGAGGAUCGCUCGGAGGAUUCGUCUUCUCUGUGGCUUUGAACUAUCUCCUUCACAGCCCCAUGACGUUUGGGUGGACAAUGCGCUUGUCCGCUUUCUUCUGUCUGGGUCUGCUGUUUCUGGGAAACUUGCUCAUGUUCGAGCCGCAUCCCUCGAAGGAUACCAUCGCACGGACGGACCAAGCGGACGCCAGCUCAAUCAUCGAUGAAAAGGUUCUAGAGAAAGUCCGCCAGGACAGUAUCCAGACAACGAAUCUGAACGACCAAUCGACCCGCCAGGGGUCGAUUUACGACGCAAAAUACCUAUGCUUCUUGGGCAUGGGUUUCCUGACAGGAUUGGGGAAAUGGUUCCCUACCUAUUAUGUGCAGCUGUUCGCGGAGCAGCACGGCGUCAGCCAGCAAUUGUCAUUUUAUGCGCUCGCCGUCAUGAACAUUUCCAACAUGCUUGGUCGCAUAUUUCCCAACUGGUUGGGCGAUCGGUGGAGCCCCUUUGAUGUAUAUAUGGUUUGUUUGCUUUGCGCAGGCGGUGUUGAAUUCUCAAUGCUCGCGUGCUCAACAUCGUACGGAUUAAUACUCUUCAUUAUCAUUUACGGAUUUUUCCUCGGCACAUCUAUCUCUCUCUAUCUCCCUGCCGUAGCAUCGCUUAGCGACGAGAAGGCGCACGAGGGGAAACGGAUGGGACUAGCGUUGGUUCCUGUUGGCGUUUCUUCACUUAUCGGCACACCCAUAAGCGGGGCUAUCCUUGGACCCGACUAUGAAUGGUGGAAGGGAGUUGUCUUUUCUUCACAUCCUUUCGACGCGCAGGCGUAA